GCACACGGGGGCGGCGGCAGCAUGGGGCUCCUGGGCGCGGCGGCCCGCUGCGUGGUGCGCGGUGCCGACCGGAUGAGCAAGUGGACCAGCAAGCGGGGCCCGCGCACCUUCUACAAGAGCCGCGGCGCGAAGGGCACCGGCUUCCACGCCCGCGGCAGCAAGUUCGUGCAGGUCAAGGAGAUGGUGCCCGAGCUGGUGGUGCCCGAGCUGGCCGGCUUCAAGCUCAAGCCCUACGUGAACUACCGCGCCCCGCCGGGCCCCGACACGCCGCUCACGCCCGCGCAGCUCUUCCGCGAGGCCGUGGCGCCCGCCGUGGAGAAGGACUUCAGGGACGGCACCUUCGACCCCGGGCGCCUGGAGAAGUACGGCUUCGAGCCCACGCAGGACGGCAAGCUCUUCCAGCUGUACCCCAAGAACUUCCCGCGCUAGCAGCCGCACCCCCGGGCCCGGCCCCACCGGCUUCUAUUAAAGACCGUGGCUACCACA